CCCAUCUUCUCUUCCACUGCCCACCCCACAGUCAUCUCUUUCCCUCUUCCUCAUCCCUUCCCCUUAAGGGGUCCCUCUGUUUUCCCCUCAUAAAUCCCACGGGCAUUGCCAUUUCCCCUUCCAAUUCCUUCACAAAACAUGGAAAAUCCCAUCCUACCCAUUGCUCUGUUUCUGGUAAUUUUUGCCCCCUCUGCGCUGGGCGGCCAUGACUACGGCCAAGCUCUCAGCAAGAGCAUUCUGUUCUUCGAAGCUCAGAGAUCCGGCUACCUCCCCCACAACCAGCGCGUCACUUGGCGGGCCAACUCCGGCCUCCAAGAUGGCAAGGCCAGCGGGGUGGAUCUAACCGGAGGAUACUACGACGCCGGCGACAAUGUGAAGUUCGGACUGCCGAUGGCAUUCACGGUGACGAUGAUGAGUUGGAGCAUUGUGGAAUACGGGAAACAAAUGGCCGCUAAUGGCGAACUUGGACAUGCCCUUGACGCCGUGAAAUGGGGCACCGAUUACCUCAUCAAAGCCCACCCCGAACCCUAUGUUCUUUAUGGAGAGGUGGGAGAUGGGAACACGGACCAUUACUGCUGGCAGCGGCCGGAGGACAUGACGACGGACCGACGAGCUUACAAGAUCGACCCGAGCAAUCCCGGGUCGGAUCUCGCAGGGGAAACCGCCGCCGCCAUGGCCGCUGCCUCGCUCGUCUUCCGCCACUACAACCCCUCCUACGCCAAUGAGCUCCUCUCCCAUGCCCGCCAGCUGUUCGAGUUCGCGGACAAAUACAGAGGAAAAUACGACAGCAGUAUUACUGUCGCUCAAAAGUACUAUCGAUCUGUCAGUGGCUACAAUGAUGAGCUACUGUGGGCAGCUGCUUGGCUGUAUGAGGCAACAAGCAAUCAAUAUUACUUGAAUUACCUGGGAGAAAAUGGGGACUCCAUGGGAGGAACUGGUUGGAGCAUGACUGAAUUUGGCUGGGAUGUCAAAUAUGCUGGUGUCCAAACCCUUGUCGCCAAGUUCUUAUUGCAAGGACGAGCGGCUCAUCAUGCUCCCGUGUUCGAGAGGUAUAAGGAAAAGGCUGAAAAUUUCUUGUGUUCUUGCAUGAAGAAAGGCACUCGUAAUGUUCAGACUACGCCCGCCGGUCUCAUCUUCCGUCAGAGAUGGAACAAUAUGCAGUUUGUUACCAGCGCUUCAUUUCUCGCCACUGUCUAUUCCGAUUAUCUCUCUUCCUCCGGUGGCAAUUUGAGGUGUGCCGCCGGCAAUGUCCCACCUUCUGGGCUUCUUGGCUUUGCAAAAUCUCAGGUGGAUUACAUUCUUGGAGACAAUCCCAGAGCUACGAGUUACAUGGUGGGAUAUGGAAACAAUUACCCACGACAAGUCCACCACAGGGGAUCUUCCAUUGUUUCGAUCAAGGUCAAUUCUGCCUUUGUCAGCUGCAGGGGUGGCUAUGCCACAUGGUACAGCAGGAAGGCAAGCGACCCCAACCUCCUCUCCGGUGCCAUUGUUGGUGGACCUGAUGCCUAUGACAACUUUGCUGAUGAAAGGGACAAUUAUGAACAAACUGAGCCUGCUACCUACAACAAUGCUCCAAUUCUUGGUAUUUUAGCCAGACUCAGUGGUGGUCAUAGUGGCUACAAUCAGCUCCUUCCAGUGCUUCUUCCUCCUGUUAAUCAUCCAGAUCCAUCUGCACAGUCCAAGACUCUUCCAUCUCCAGUGUCGUCUUCUACUCCAAUUACUGUUGAGCAGAAGAUGACAAGUUCCUGGACUGCUAAGGGAAAGACUUACUACAGGUACUCAACAAAAGUGACUAACAAGUCACCAAAAAGUCUCAAAGAUCUGAAACUUUCGAUAUUCCGACUUUACGGUCCUCUCUGGGGUUUGGAGAAAUCUGGUGAUUCAUAUGUCUUCCCAUCUUGGCUCAACUCAUUAGCUGCCGGAGAAAGCCUUGAGUUUGUGUACAUUCACACAGCUUCUCCAGCCAAUAUCUCAGUCUCCAGCUACACUCUCUUCUAAAUAAGGGAAAGAAUGUAAGAAACCAAACCAAGGAGAUACAUCAUACAAGCUUUGGCAGUUCAUGGAAUGGUGUAAGAAUUGUGCAGUUAUAGAUAGCGAAGUCUCGAACGAUCUCGAUCUCAUUCCGUUACCAUUUUUUUUCAAAAGAAAGUUGAUAUUCAUGCGUGAUAGAGUGAGUUUGCAUAGGUUUUUAGAUGCAAUUAGGGUAAAUAAUGGUGCUGAAGUUGGGGGAAGAAAGGAGAGAAGAGAGUUUGAAAUGGUGCUCAUCCUCUUUCUCCACCUCUUCAAAGCUAUAUAGACAGAAUGAACAGCUGAGUGUCAGAGAAGCAACCAAAGAUGGCUGCCUUCUUCUCAACGAAUUGGCAAGAGAGUUCUUAAUUUCUUUCUUUGAAUUGUGAAGUUGCUUUGUGUAUGUUUUAGAUGAGUGUUUUGCUACAUUUUCUUGUUCUUCACACUCAAAUAUAGUUUGUGAAACAUGGUGUGUUUUUUUGCUUAUCUUGUUACAGUUGAAUCAUUGCUACAAUCAAAACUUUGUAUUUUUUC